AUGGUUCGUCUCAGCAUCGCCGCCGCAUUCACCUUCGUCGUCGCCGCCAUGGCACUGACCCCCAACGUCGCCGGCGCGAAGGACGUCGGCAACGGCCAAAGCGCGCAGUUCACGACGGGCGGCUGCGUCAACGACGCCGACUGCGCCGAGGGCUGCUGCGCGGGCGGCGCCACGGACGCCGCAGGUGGCGAGGUCGGCAUCUGCUCCGGAAACGGCGCCGAGUUCCAGAACGGCAAGACGGGGUGCGGCUUCGUCGACCCCAACGCCGCUGCUACGAUUGCUGCUGCCAAGAAGCAGGUCGCGAAGCAGGGAUUCUAA